UGGAAUAUUUAUAAGUUGCUUCUCUUUAUCCAGGUUAAGAAUAAAGUAACCGUUGCUGGCUUGCAUGACAAAGGCAAAGCAGCUAUUAUUGAAAUUGAAACCACGAGUUAUAUAGAAGAAUCUGGUGAAGCUCUAUGCAUGAACAGAAGCACCAUUUACCUGCGUGGUUCUGGUGGUUUCUCAAAGUCCUCAAAGCCAUAUUCGUAUGCAAACUAUCCUGCCGGUCAAGUUUCUCCUUCUUCAGUUCCCAAAAAUGAACCAUUUGCGAUAUAUGAAGACCAGACACAUCAAUCUCAGGCUUUGCUCUAUAGGCUUUCCGGUGAUUACAAUCCUCUGCACUCUGAUCCCGUGGUUGCAAGAAUUGCUGGGUUUAACCGACCGAUACUUCAUGGUUUAUGCACCCUUGGCUUUGCCAUCAGAGCCAUAAUCAGAUCCAUCUGCAAUGGCGACCCGACGGCGGUGAGGAGCAUAUUCGGUCGCUUUCUUCUCCAUGUGUUCCCAGGAGAGUCUCUAAUUACAGAAAUGUGGAUAGAAGGCCCAAAGGUCAUAUAUCAAACAAAGGUGAAGGAGAGAAAUAAGGCAGUCCUUUCAGGUUAUGUAAUGCUAAAACACAUUCCUUCCUCACUGUAGAGUAUGUUGCAUGUUUAGGACUCCUGUUCUUUUAUUAAGAAUGUUGAGAUAAUAUAAUUUGUAAUAAAUAAUAUUGGUUUAUUCUCAACUAAGAUAUUUUUUU